CCUUACAGGCUUCGAGCCUACUACCAAUCUCUACAUCCCGCAACAGUGCAGAGGUUUCACAGCGGAUUUAAGGUGAAUCUGAUAAGGAGGAAAAUAAAGCCAUGGUUAACCUAAUUCCAUUAUGUCUCCCUCUGCUGGCCUACUUGCUCCAGGGCCCUGGCUGGGAACAUGUGUCGGCCCAGCAGAGUGACCCAUGCGUGGACUACACAGAGCUGAACGACCCCUGGAGGUCCACCUCCAACACAGACCAAUCUCAGGCGCGCUGUGACCAGGACAUCGUGCUGCAGGGAUGGUACCUGCUGGUGGACGGGAACGCCAGCGUCCUGAUGCCCAACUCUUGUGUGCCCAGGUACCGCUGCAGCACGCACGCACCCCUUUGGCUGAACGGUGCGCACCCCACACCAGCAGAGGGCGUAGUGAGCAGGCAGGUGUGCGGCCACUGGGUUGGGGGCUGUUGCGACUUCUCCCACUCCAUUCAGGUGAAGGCGUGUCCUGGAGGAUACACUGUCUACCAGCUUGUGCAUCCCACCCAUUGUGAUUUGGCAUAUUGUGCAGAUCUCAGCUCAAGAGGAACUCUACCAACACAAACACCUGCUCCAACAACUGCAAGUAAGCAGCGUUGUGGGGUUGCUUCUGAAGGCAUCAGCUUUGGGGCUAAAUGAAACUGCCGUUCAAGAGGAGGUGUUCAAACGGCUUGAGGCCGUGCUGACAGCAAGAGGGCUACAGGCGUCUGGUCUACAGGUCACAGCAGUGGUCAGGAGGCCAGGAGAGACAUGAACACGC